UGACAGUAUUUCACAAGGCGGAGUUUGGGGUCUUUCAGUCUCUCUUUUCGCCAUACCCGCCAUCUUGUAGAGACCGGGGUAAUCAGGCAUCAUGACGAACACCAGAGGAAAGAGGAGGGGGACGAGGUACAUGUUCAGCAGACAGUUCCGCAAACACGGCCCAAUUCCUCUGUCCACUUACAUGCGCAUCUACAAGAAAGGCGAUAUUGUUGAUAUCAAGGGCACAGGUACCAUCCAGAAAGGAAUGCCCCAUAAGUGCUACCAUGGCAAGACAGGCCGUGUGUACAACGUGACCCAACAUGCUGUCGGCAUCAUUGUCAACAAGCAGGUCAAGGGAAGGAUCCUGGCCAAGAGGAUCAACGUGCGUAUUGAGCAUGUGAAGCACUCAAAGAGCAGGGAUAGUUUCCUGCAGCGCGUCAAAGCCAACGAGGCCCGGAAGAUGGAGGCCAAGCAGAACGGCAGCUGGAUCGAGCUGAAGAGACAGCCACAAGCUCCCCGUGAGGCUAAGUUCAUCAGCACCAAGAAGAACGUGCCCCAGCUGCUGGAGCCCAUCCCCUAUGAGUUCAUGGCAUAAAGAGCUGACGAAAAUAAAAACAUUUGUACACACA